AGUGCCCUGAUGAUCCGUGUAGCCCUGUCAGUGCCCAUCAAUGCCACCUGAAGGUGCCCAUCAAUGCCACAUACCAGUGCCCAUCAGUGCACAUCAAUGCCACAUAUCAGUGCCUACCAGUGCACAUCAAUGACACAUAUCAGUGCCCAUCAGCGCUGCCUUUCAGUGCCAACUAUCAGUGCCAGUCAGUGCUGCCUAUCGGUGCCAUCAGUGCUGCCUGUCAGUGCCGGUCAGUGCUGCCUAACAGUGCCUACCAGUGCACAUCAAUGACACAUAU